AUGGUGCAUUUAUCUACUGUGGACUCUGAUAAUGAAUCAAUAGCGUCCGAAAUAAGUGACUCAGCAUCCGUAUCCACACAAUAUACCUCAACUCUUGCCUCUCCAGAAUCAAAGUUACAUAAGCAUCUAUCGAUUGAAGAAGUUGAAGACGAAGAAUGUUUAUACUGA